AUGGACUAUAUCCUCAAAGCGUACUUCAAACUACAAAAGCAACAUCGACUACAUCGUCAGCUGUGCUGUAGGCCGAGGAGUUCGAAGUCGGAGGUCUUCAACGAAUUCACCCGUGCUGUGCGGCUCAGGGACGAUGAUCCAAUCCAGGUGAGACGACGGAACAGCAAGGUGGCUCAGAAGCGGUAUAGAUGGCCUGGGUUGUGGUCGAGUGGAUCGUGA